AUAUACACAAAGGCUGGGAAGGGUCAGACACCACCCGGGCACUCUUAGUUCCCCCUUCCCUUCCUCCCUCACACCUGAGUCCCCCCCCCACUGUCCUCCACCACCUCCAGCGGACCAUGGCAUCAGAAGCAGAAAAAACAUUCCAGCGGUUUGCUGUCUUUGGAGAUUCAUCAGCCAGUGGCACUGAAAUGAACAACAAGAACUUCUCCAAGAUGUGCAAAGAUUGUGGUAUCAUGGACGGCAAGACAGUCACCUCCACUGAUGUAGACAUCGUGUUCAGCAAACUCAAGGCCAAGAAUGCCCGAACCAUCACAUUUCAACAGUUCCAAGAGGCAAUGAAGGAACUGGGCCAGAAGCGGUUCAAGGGGAAGAACCCAGAUGAGGCCCUGGAGGACGUUUAUAAACUCAUGGAGGGCAAGGAUCCAGCUACCACGGGUGUUACUAAAACAACGACCGUGGGCGGGGUGAGCCGGCUGACAGACACCAGCAAGUACACUGGCUCCCACAAGGAGCGCUUUGACGAGAGUGGCAAGGGCAAAGGCAUCGCAGGACGGGAAGAGAUGACCGACAACGCAGGCUAUGUGAGUGGCUACAAGGGUGCUGGCACCUAUGAUAAAAAGGACAAGUAGGGAAUAGCCUCAUCUUAGCUUGCCAGCCUUUGACCCUGCAUCUUUAACAUCAGGGAGCUUGGGGAACAAUAAACAUCUGUGUGUGCA